CUGCCAUUCACAAUGAAGGAGGGCAACGUGAUCGCCGUGCAGGUCAAGCCAAGGGAACGAUCGUUGGGGAGCGCGCGAAGGACCUCAAGUGCCAGGGGAGGGGCGCCCCAGUCGUCUGGCAUCCCCUGGCUCGGAGGCCGCAUCACGAUCUACGCCCCCAUGAAGAUGCGCGACCCGCACGAGCCCCACCGUGUGUCGUCUGCGCUCGAGAAACUGUUUGACUUGACGCUGGUCGUGGCGCUGUCGGCCGUCUCGACCGAGUUUGCCACGAAUAUCCAGCACGGUGGCGACAAAGCCGAGUCGUUCAUGGCGUUCUUGGUCUCGUUUUUCACGAUCUGGAACACGUGGUUCCCGUACGUGUGGUUUGCGACCACGUACGAUGUCGACGACGUGCUGUACCGCGUGGGCACGUUUGGCGAAAUGAUCGGCAUCUUCAUGAUCUCGGACGGCAUUGCGCACAACUUUGCCGAGGUUGUCGUCGGGUACAUCGUCCUGCGCUUCUUCCACGGCGUGUUUUUCCGGCUGCGGGCAGCGUACGAGGACCCCGACCGCCGCGCCGUGAACGUCAAGCACAGCGCCCUCUCGACAUUCAUCAUGGCGUGCUGGUACAUUCAGCAAACGUACAGCACGACGUAUGCGAGCCAAGUCGUUGGGUUUGCCAUCCUCGCGUGCUGUGACCUGGCCUACCCGUACAUUGCACAGCGAACCACCGCCGCCGCGGGCCGCACACGCUAUCACGCGCACCACGUGUCGGAUCGGUACAAUGAGUUUACCACGAUCGUCGUUGGUGAGACGAUGCUGUCGCUGGCCCAUGCCACGGUCCUCAAGGCCGACGCAUUCAACACCGAAGCUGUCAGCACAUGCGUCGCCAGCAUGGUGCUGCUUUUCGUGCUGUGGUGGAUUUACUCGAUCGUCCCGUUUGGACAAAUCUUACACGACCAACCCAACCUCACGUACGUCGUCGCAUACGGCCACUUUUUCAUCCAUGCGCCGCUUGCUGCGUUUGCAUCGGGCAUUUACAUCAUGGGCCUGGCGACGCAGGCCGGCGCGCCGGACGGGCACCGGCGACGACUUGAAGCCACGUCGUCGCCGACGACAGCGGCGGAUGGCAUCUCGGUGGCCACGGCAGCCUUUGUCAUCUCCAUUUCGACGUCGAUCCUUUUGAUCGCGAUCCCAGUCCUUCUCAGCUUGCCAGUCCACGUCGUGCUGCGGAAUGCCACCGUGUGUGUGGCCAUGAAUGUGAUUGCUGCAACUGCUCCACACCACGUGUCGGUGAGUACGCUCAUGUGGCUCUUUUGCACUCCGAUGGUCGCGCUACUGGUGCAUAUCCUUGUCAACCACCGCAAUGCUCAACCGAAGCAGCGCACUCCCCCCUCCGGCACCGUGGUCGCGGUGGACGGCUAGGAUCGGCGCGAGCGUUCGGUGGCCGUCAUUCCCGUCGAUGAAGGUUUCAGAGAUGCCCCACGACGACAGCGCGACGUGCGCACAUCUUUCAA